CAUUGUUCUGUCAUUGAACAUCGAACACACCUCGACCACUGCCUCCUCCUCGUGAACAACACCACCACCAUGGAAGUCCUCCUCCGCCAGUCGCGAGCCAUGUGCCCGUUUCUGAACAAGACCUCGCCCGCCACCCUGCGUUCGCUCUCCAACAGCUCGAGCGUCUACCAGGCCGCUCCGGGCGGCGGCGCCAUGUCAAACCUGCAGAUCACCGCUCGCCGCUGCCCCGUCAUGGGCAAGGCUUUGUCGGUGCAAUCCGCCCGCAACGUCAACACCGCCCUCUCCGGCGUCUUCGGCGGCCAGCGAGCCUACCACGCCAAAGUGCCUCGUGCGAAAUUGCACACCUCUUCUUCCAAGGAGGCUCAGGCUGUCGAGAUCCCACGCUCCGAGCGUCGUCAGCACGCACCAUUCGCUCGCCCUGCGUCCGCCGCCACCAGCGCUUCCGCCUCUGCCGAUCAGACUUUGGCAAGCCCACCACCGCCACCAACGGCCGCUCGAUUCGACUAUGAGGGAUUCUACCACAAUGAGCUGGACAAGAAGCACAAGGACAAGUCGUACCGCUACUUCAACAACAUCAAUCGUCUCGCGCAGGAAUUUCCUCGCGCGCACAUGGGUGCGAGAAACGAGCGUGUGGACGUGUGGUGCUCGAACGACUACCUCGGAAUGGGACGCAACCCGCAGGUUUUGAACAAGAUGCACGAGACUUUGGACAUGUACGGAUCAGGCGCGGGAGGCACUCGUAACAUUUCCGGGCACAACCAGCACGCCGUAGGCCUCGAGGCGACCUGCGCGAAACUGCACGCCAAAGAGGCAGCACUCGUCUUCUCCUCCUGCUACGUCGCCAACGAUGCUACGCUCGCAACUCUCGGCUCCAAACUCCCCAACUGCGUCAUCCUUUCCGACAGCAUGAACCACGCCUCCAUGAUUCAAGGAAUCCGCCACUCGGGGGCGAAGAAAGUCGUCUUCAAACACAACGACGUAGUCGAUCUCGAGAACAAACUCGCCGCCAUUCCCUCCGACGUCCCCAAAAUCAUCGCCUUUGAAUCCGUCUACUCCAUGUGCGGCUCCAUCGGACCCAUCGCCGAAAUCUGCGACCUCGCCGAGAAGUACGGCGCCAUCACCUUUCUCGACGAAGUCCAUGCCGUCGGCAUGUACGGUCCAUCCGGCGCCGGCGUGGCUGAACACCUCGACUACGAGACCUACGCCAACGGCGAGUCUCCGCUCGGAACCGUCCAGGACCGCAUUGACAUCAUCACCGGCACCCUCGGCAAAGCUUACGGCUGUGUGGGAGGCUACAUUGCGGGCUCCUCCAAAAUGGUCGACACCAUCCGCUCCCUCGCUCCAGGCUUCAUCUUCACCACCUCCCUCCCGCCCGCCACUAUGGCCGGCGCGCAGACUGCCAUUGAAUACCAAAUGGCAUUCCAGGGCGACCGCCGCUUGCAGCAACUCCACACCCGCGCCGUCAAGUCCGCCUUGAACGAACUCGAUAUCCCCGUUAUGCCCAACCCCUCCCACAUCAUCCCCGUGCUAGUCGGUAAUGCGGAAGUCGCCAAGAAAGCUUCCGACUUGCUCCUUGAAAAACACAACAUCUACGUCCAAGCGAUCAACUACCCUACCGUUCCUGUCGGACAAGAACGGCUCCGUAUCACGCCCACCCCUGGACACGUCAAGGAGUUCAGAGAACACCUCGUGCAAGCGCUGGACUCCGUGUGGACGGAGUUGGGCAUCAAUCGCACGAGUGACUGGAAGGCGCAAGGCGGGUUUUGUGGAGUUGGGGUCGAAGGGGCGGAGGUCGUGGAGCCGCUUUGGACGGAUAAGCAGUUGGGCGUGGAGGAUGUGGCGAGGCAGCUGGGUAGUGGAGCCGGAUUGACGAAUGUUCUGGAGGGGUUGCUUGAGAAGGAGAGUCAGGAGGUUAGGAGGGUUGCUGUUGCUGCGGCGGCUUAGAGAAGUAGGCUCUCCGAGGCGCGCGCACGAACCUUUUUGGAAUGUGGUUUGAUGAUUUCAGGGUAUGAUGUGGAGGAUGACGAGAUGAGCUGAUGGGGAGACAGACAGACACAUUCAUUUCAAUGAAAGAUUUGCGAUGUGGGAACUCUUCGACGCUAAUUCCGGUCUCUCUUUCUGCAUCUUUCCUCGAAAGAGGCAAGGGUGCAAAGGAGAGCUGGACGGAGUGGAGAAGAGUUCUCUUCCGCAAUUGACGCA